GGGUGUUUCAAAAGCCCUGCGGGGCGGGCGGGCGGCCGUGCGCGGCCCAGCGGGCGGAGGAGCGCAGCUUCCACCUUCGCGCGCGUCUCCGCCGCCCUCCCGGGUCACCAUGGUCUACUUCUUGCACCCGUCGCAGGCGCCCCGGAACCUCGUGCCCCCCGACGCCGGGAGGGACGCGCAGGGCUGGCGCGUGGCGCAGGAAGAGGCGUCACCCUACCCUUUGGUCAGUACUUGCCUGAAUGUCCUGAUUGCUAAUCUAGAGAAGUUGUGUCCGGAGAGACCUGAUGGAACCCUGUGCCUUCCUGAACAUUGGACUUUCCCACAAGAAGUGGCUGACCAGUUCCUUGGGAUGAUGGCUUGGCAAGGAAAGCUGACUGAUAAGACAGCAAGCAUUUUCCAAGGCAACCAAAUGAGCCUGAAGCUGGUCAAUAUCCAAAGAGCAAAAAUCUCCGCCGCCGCCUUCAUUAACUACUUCUGCCAUCAUAAGCUCCUUGAAGUGGAUGCUACUGCUGUACACUCUGACCUUCCAGUCCCGGACAUCAUACGGGGACUCUGCAGCAGUACCUGGAUCCAGCAAAACCUCCGGUGUCUCCUCUUAGGCUCGACAAGUGUCCCUCAGGAUUCCGGACUGCCGUCCUUUGGUCAACUCACUGGCCUUCGCACGUUAAGUGUUUUCAAUGUUUGCUUUUAUAGUGAAGAUCUGGCCAAUGUUUCUCAGUUACCAAGCCUGGAAAACUUGGAUAUCUCUAAUACUCAGGUAACCAACAUCUCUGCACUCCUCACCUGCAAGGACCGACUCAAAUCUCUCACCAUGCACUAUUUGAAAUGCCUGACCAUGACCAAACCACAGAUUGUUGCUGUCAUGAAAGAACUUAAAUGUCUGCGUCACCUUGAUAUUUCUGGUCACAGACAACUCAGAUCAGACCUAGGUUUUUAUUUGCUGCAGCAAAAGGAUAUCUUGCCUGAUAUUGUGUCCCUCGACCUCUCUGGGAGCAGUCAUAUCACCGACAGAGCUGUGGAACUGUUCAUACAGCAGCGGCCUGCCAUGCAGUUUGUGGGACUCUUGGCUACGGAUGCUGGUUAUUCUGACUUCUUCACUACAAAGCAAGGCUUAAAGGUUGCUGGAGGAGCCAAUAUGAGUCAGAUUUCUGAAGCACUGAGCCGAUACAGGAACAGGUCAUGUUACAUGAAGGAAGCUCUCUACAGACUCUUCACAGAGACGUUUUCAGUACAUGUAACCAUGCCUGCCAUUUUAAAGCUCGUCGCUGUAGGAAUGAGGAAUCACCCUUCGGACUUGGCGGUGCAGUUCACAGCCAGCGCCUGCGCCCUCAAUUUAACGCGCCAGGGCCUGGCCCGGGGGAUGCCCGUGCGCCUGUUGUCGGAAGUCACCUGUCUCCUUUUCAAGGCGCUGAGAAAUUUCCCCAGUUACCAGCAGUUACAGAAGAAUUGUCUUCUCUCCUUAACCAAUUCCAGAAUUCUUAUGGAUGUGCCAUUCGACAGGUUUAAUGCUACCAGGUUUGUCUUAGGAUGGCUGUACAGGUAUGAGAACCCCAAGGUCCAGACCAUGGUUGUGAGCAUCGUCUCCAUCCUUGCCCUGCAGCUGUCACGUGAGCAAGUCACACAGCUGCACGAAGACCUCUUCAUGGCAGUGAAGGAACUUCUGGCAAUAGUAAAACAAAAGACAGCUCAGAAUGUAGAUGACGCUGCGCUCUUGUUCUCUCUGAAAGCACUUUGGAACCUUACCGACGAGUCUCCUGCCACCUGCAAGCACUUUAUGGAAAAUCAGGGAUUGGCCGUGGUCAUCCAAGUCUUAGAGACUUUUUCAGAGUCCACAAUACAAAGCAAAGUACUUGGUCUUUUGAGCAACGUGGCUGAAGUCCAAGAGCUCUCCUCCAAGCUGCUGACGGAAGAUGUCCUGAAGCACAUCCGCACUUUACUCCACAGCAAGCAAAUAGAAGUGAGCUACUUUGCUGCGGGUAUAAUAGCCCACCUGACGUGUGAGAAGCAGCCCUGGCCGUUCUGUGCCCCACAGAGGAGUGCUCUUCUCCAGGACUUGCAUGCAACCAUCCAGAAGUGGCCAAGCUCAACAUGUAAGAUGUCAGCACUGGUGACCUACAGAUCCUUCAAGGCAUUUUUCCCGCUCCUUGGCAACUUCUCUCAACCCGUGGCUCAGCUCUGGGCGCUGUGGGCUGUGUAUCAUGUCUGCAGUAAAAAUCGUAUGUGUUCACCAGCGUGUACUGCAGGAUGUUGGGUGAAGAAGGAGGACUGCGGCUUCUGUGUGAUAUCCAGGCGCAUGGUCAGGCGAACCCGCAGGUACAGCAGCUCGCGGUGUCCAUCCUAGAGGACUUCAGGAUGCAUUUCACCAGCUACCGGAUACACCGUGUUGAGUGCUCUUCCUGCACCUAAGGGGCACUAGAGAUGAACUCGGUUGCCCAGUAGCAGGCUUCCGCCCUGUUGGUAAUUCAGUGUUGAAGCCAGGUGUGAGUUGGCUGUCUCAUUAGCCUUUUGUUGAUUAUUAUUAUUAUUAUUACUAUUAUUUUUGGUUAAGUUAUAAAAGCGUUGGAUUUGUAUGCUAGCCAUAACCCCAGGUCAAGGUGGAAUCCUCUUGGGGACGCACCCUCAGCAGUAGUUUGGAACAAAUCAAGCCAGAGACUCCAAGAAGACCUGGGAGCUGGUGUUGGAAGAGCUGGGCUAGUUUCCUCUGGCCUUGGACAGUUUCUCCGCGUGAGAGAGGAGCUUGUCAGAUGCACAGGACUUGUGUACCCAGAAGAGAAACCAAAGCUGUAGGGAAAUUUCAGUGGUUCUGUUUGGUUUCUUCAGCUGUUCCUGGUUAUAUGAGACUGCCAGAAAAUAUGCUCAUAGAUUUUAUUUGGAAUGCAAAACUUCUGUUGGAAAAUAAAAUUUAUUUUUUACAGAU